UUUGAAACUCUCGGAUUCAAAAAAAAAAAGAUUGCCGACCAAGGGUGCUGGACUCGCCACGAAGUCGCCAGAAGUGGCACGAAACCGUCAUGUGUGGACAUACUCUCUUGGGCACCCACCCUCCGAGUUGUUUUACCUCGUCGGAUAGGGGCGGAGAUGGCAGCAAUGAGCAAACCAAGCGAAACCUUACUCUGAUUUUAUCAGUUAAUCUCAACCAUCGAUUUCUCGCACUGGACGGCGAGGAUUGGCGAUCGUCACGAGCUUGCAUAAACCAGAACUACCCCAUCAGAUCGAACUCAUACUGGUUUCUUCCACCGUCGGUGACCUCCAAGCGACCAAGCCCAAACCCCAACACCCGCGCGGCUCCCGCCGCCGCCGCACCGGAGAUGGCGGCGUACCUGAGCAUGGGCGAGGCGCACCGCCGCAUCGCCGACUACCUCUCCCGCUUGGACGACGCUAUCUCUCAGUCCGACGGCGCCGACCUCGCGUCUCUCCUCGCCAUCUCCUCGGCGCCCGCCUCCACCCCGCUCUCCGACGCGCUCGCCGCUUUUCCGGAUUUUCCCCGCCUCGCCUCCGACCGCUUCCCCCACCUCUCCGACUUCCUCCCCCCGCUCCUCCGCGCCAUCCACUCCCACUCCCUCCGCCGCUUCGGGGACGCUUACUCCUCCUUCGAGAAGGCUGCUAGCGCGUUCCUGCAGGAGUUCCGGAACUGGGAGACUCCUUGGGCGAUGGAGGCGAUGCACAUGGUGGCGCUUGAGAUCAGGCUGCUAGCUGAGAAGGCAGACAGGGAGCUUGUGAUGAGCGGGAAGAACCCAGACAAGCUGCAGGCUGCUGGGUCCUUCCUGAUGAAGGUUUUUGGGGCACUUGCGGUUAAAGGACCUAAGCGCGUUGGGGCACUGUAUGUUACCUGCCAGCUGUUUAAAAUUUAUUUCAGGCUUGGUACUGUUAACCUUUGCCGUAGUGUCAUAAGGAGUAUCGAAACAGCUAGGAAUUUUGAUUUUGAAGAUUUUCCAGUGAAAGAUAAGGUCACUUAUAUGUAUUAUACAGGUCGCUUGGAGGUGUUUAAUGAGAAUUUUCUUGUUGCUGAUCAGAAACUAACUUAUGCUUUGAUGCAUUGUAAUCCUCAAAGCGAAUCAAAUUUGAGGAAAAUUUUGAAGUUCCUAAUCCCUGUAAAGCUGUCAAUUGGUGUAUUGCCAAGGAGGACCCUCCUGGAGAAGUACAAUCUGCUUGAGUAUGCAGAUAUUGUGACCUCACUUAGGAGAGGGGAUCUCAGGCUCCUUAAGCAAGCCCUUGAUAGACAUGAAGACCAGUUACUAAAAUGUGGUGUCUACCUUGUGUUGGAGAAACUUGAACUCCAGGUCUACCGAAGAUUAGUGAAGAAAAUCCAUAUCAUACAGAGGGAGAAGGAACCAUCGAAGGCGCAUCAAAUCAAGCUAGAUGUCUUGGUAAAGACUCUCCAAUGGCUUGGAAUCACCAUGGAUGUGGAUGAGGUGGAAUGCAUCAUGGCGUGCCUGAUAUACAAGAAUCUCAUAAAAGGAUACUUUGCCCACAAAAGCAAAGUUCUUGUCCUUAGCAAACAAGACCCCUUCCCAAAGUUGAACGGAAAGCCCGUUUAGUUCGUAGCGAUAUCUCAUAAGCUUGUACACCUAAUGAAAGUUUCUCUUAUCUUUGAUGUACGGAACAUGACAGGUUUAUGUAAAAUUACCGCGGCUCUGAUUGUAACAACAUUUGUAUUCUAGCUGCAAUGUUUGUAAACAUUUAUGGUUGGUAGCCUCCACUUAAACAGUGGUUUUCAUA